CCGGCAGUGGCCACUGGCGGGGAGCACGGCACGAUGUCCGUUCACUGCCAGCAGAGCCCGGUGCUGGCAGGCAGCAUCACUUUGGCGGUUUUGGGAGCAAUGACACUGUACUUCGGGGAGCCCUCAGGCUACGGGAAGCACGCGGGGAGCCCGACCAUGGCUGCCCACUUGCCCGCAGGCGCCGCCUGGUUCCUGCAGGAGCUGCCCUCCUUCGUGGUACCGUUGGGGAUGCUCGUCUGGCAGCCCCGCGCUCUCUUUGGCCCGCCUGCGACUGUGCUUCUGGGCCUCUUUUGUGCGCAUUACUUCCACAGGACAUUUGUUUACUCAGUCCUCACCAGAGGGAGGCCUUUCCCAACUGUGGUACUUUUCAAAGGCUUUGUCUUCUGCAUGGGAAACGGAUUCCUGCAAGGCUACUAUUUGACUUACUGUGCUGAAUACCCUGCUGAGUGGUACACAGACAUACGGUUUAUCCUGGGUGUCUUCUUAUUUAUUUUGGGGAUGGGAAUCAACAUUCACAGUGACUAUAUAUUGCGCCAGCUCAGGAAGCCUGGAGAAGUCACCUAUAAGAUUCCACAAGGCGGCUUGUUCACGUAUGUUUCUGGAGCCAAUUUCCUUGGUGAGAUCAUUGAAUGGAUGGGCUAUGCGCUGGCCACCUGGUCCCUCCCAGCACUUGCAUUUGCAUUUUUCACACUUUGUUUCCUUGGGCUACGAGCUUUUCACCACCACAGGUUCUACCUCAAGAUCUUUGAAGACUACCCCAAAUUUCGGAAAGCCCUCAUUCCAUUUGUCUUUUAAGGAAACCAAAUUAAAAAAAACUAAUGAAGUUCCCACAAUGCUGUUGAAAAUCACCAUGCUGCUUAACCUUUAACCUUUGAAGUUCACAUGUAUAUGAUAUAAUAGCAUAUAUAUACAUAUAUAUACAUAUAUAUAUACGAUAUGGUUAACAGUAGGCCUUUUGUGCUCUUCCAUCUGGCCUAGAGAGUCUGAGUGAUACCCCUACCAGGGGUCUCUAUCUUGAUCUCCUGUUGAAGCUUCAACAAGGCCCUUAGCUGUUCUUCCUGGAAAGUGCAAAGCUUCCCUAGGUAUUUUUCUUUGUGUGAUCCCAGUAUGCGUGGCUUUUUAUCUGCUCUUUGUCAAUGUAAGAGAGCUCUGUAGUUAAGAAAGUUUUGGGUUGAGGGCAGUGUUUAUAGAAUUAAAGAUACAUAUUCUAUACUCAUACAGAUUAGCAGAGAUUUCCAUUCUGAAUCUGCACAGCCCCAGAGCAAAUCUGCCAAGUGAAAACUGUCACAUAUUCCUUUUCCUUAGUUAGUUAUGAAAGAUGUGAAGAGAUUAGGCAGACUUUUCACAGGAGCUCUCUCUUCCUGUUGCUGUUUUGAAUUCAUGCAGAGUCUUAGUGCCUCUGUCUUCCUGAAGAUUCCAUAACCCCCAUUAGAGGUAUCAGAGCCCAACCCAGAGAACUGGUGUGGGUUUGACUGAAGGUUUUAAUGAUCACAAAGAAAAAGACAUGACAGUGGAUGGCUACUGAGAGAGUCAAGAAGCAAACUCCCCGUCCUUGGAAACAGGUGGAAAUAUCCGAACAGCAAGCGAGUGUGAAAUAAGGAGAUGACUCACAUCAGCUGCUGCUUGACCCAGCAAGGAGUCUACGGUGACAGUGGAGCAGGUCGGAAGAACCCAGCAACUGUCCUCCUCUGAAUUUCUUCCCCACAGCUCCCAGGAUCUGGUUAAGAAGGUGCGUCUUGAACAUCAGCCCUCAAGGGACCCCAGAACAGAAGCUGAGAGCUGCAACUGGAGGGAGGAAUUGGGAUACAAAGCCCGUUUUUGUUUGUUUGUUUGUUUUUCGGCUCAGUGACUUACAUAUAGUUUGUCUUUCUUUCUUUCUUUCUUUCUUUCU